AUGAGGGCAGUGAGAAAGCGACUAGGUGACCAAGUUCCGGUUCCAGAGGUUUUUGGGUGGCGAAUCCGUCAUGAUAGAGUCUUUAUAUAUAUGGAGCUGAUUUCGGGAACAACAUUACAAAAAUGCUGGAACGAUCUCAAUCUCUCUGAGAAGGAUUCUCUCUGUGAGCAACUCAGUCAGAUUCUCUCCUCUCUACGGCAACUCAAGCAGAGAAAUGAGUUCAUCGGAUCCAUUACUGGCGGGCCAUUACUCGAUCGAGUCUUUUAUGACCGCCCAAAGACCGGGCCAUUCAACAGUCUCGACCACUUCUUCAACUUCCUCGAAUGGCUUCCACAACGAUUCUUAUCAGCUUCUCAGAGAUACAAAGACCCUUACCUGGAGCUUCUUCGACCAGACCAAGACUAUCCCACUAGUAUUAAAUUCACUCAUGCCGAUGUCCAUCCUACAAAUAUCAUGGUGUCGGCCGCCGUGGACCUCGGACCGCCGCGCAUCCUGGCCUUGAUCGACUGGGGGCAAGCAGGUUGA